CGGGUCACCAGGCAUCAGGUCAUUUGGCUCGACAGCGGGCACCGCGUCAUCUGGCAAGGCAGUGGGCUCCGAGUCAACAGGCACGACAGUGGGCACCGGGUCAUUAGGUACCGGAUUGUCUGGCUCGACAGCAGGCAUCGGGUCACCAGGUAUGACAGCGGGCACUGGGUCACCAGGCAUCAGGUCAUUUGGCUUGCCAGCGGGCACCGCGUCAUCUGGCAAGGCAGUGGGCACCGGUCACCAGGCAUUGGAUCGUCUGGCUCGACAGCGGGCAUCGGGUCACCAGGCAUCAGGUCAUUUGGCUCGCCAGCGGGCACCGCGUCAUCUGGCAAGGCAGUGGGCACCGAGUCACCAGGUACGACAGCGGGCUCUGAGUCAAUUGGCACGACAGCGGGCACCGGAUCAGGUACCGGAUCAUCUGGAUCAACAGCGGGCAUCGAGUCAACUAGC